AUGCUCUGCCAAAACCUCACAUCAGACACCAUGCAGACACAUCAUACCUUCCCUCCCCUUCCCUCCCCUUCCCUCCCCUUCCCUCCCCUUCCCUCCCCUUCCCUCCCCUUCCCUCCCCUUCCCUCCCCUUCCCUCCCCUUCCCUCCCCUUCCCUCCCCUCCCCUCCCCUCCCCUCCCCUCCCCUCCCCUCCCCUCCCCUCCCCUCCCCUCCCCUCCCCUCCCCUCCCCUCCCCUCCCCUCCCCUCCCCUCCCCUCCCCUCCCCUCCCCUCCCCUCCCCUCCCCUCCCCUCCCCUCCCCUCCCCUCCCCUCCCUCCCCAUCCCCUCCCUCCCCAUCCCCUCCCUCCCCAUCCCCUGCCUCCCCAUCCCCUGCCUCCCCAUCCCCUCCCUCCCCAUCCCCUCCCUCCCCAUCCCCUCCCUCCUUUUCCCCCCCUCCCCAUCCCAUCCCUCCCCAUCCCAUCCCUCCCCAUCCCAUCCCUCCCCAUCCCAUCCCUCCCCAUCCCAUCCCUCCCCAUCCCAUCCCUCCCCAUCCCAUCCCUUCCCAUCCCAUCCCUCCCCAUCCCAUCCCUCCCCAUCCCAUCCCUCCCCAUCCCAUCCCUCCCCAUCCCAUCCCUCCCCAUCCCAUCCCUCCCCAUCCCAUCCCUCCCCAUCCCAUCCCACCCCCCAUCCCCUCCCCCCCAUCCCCUCCCUCCCCAUCCCAUCCCUCCCCAUCCCUCCCCAUCCCAUCCCUCCCCAUCCCAUCCCUCCCCUCCCCAUCCCUCCCCUCCCCAUCCCUCCCCAUCCCAUCCCUCCCCAUCCCAUCCCUCCCCAUCCCAUCCCUUCCCAUCCCAUCCCUCCCCAUCCCUCCCCAUCCCAUCCCUCCCCAUCCCAUCCCUCCCCAUCCCAUCCCUCCCCAUCCCUCCCCAUCCCAUACCUCCCCAUCCCAUCCCUCCCCAUCCCAUCCCUCCCCAUCCCCUCCCUCCCCAUCCCAUCCCUCCCCAUCCCCUCCCUCCCCAUCCCAUCCCUUCCCAUCCCUUCACCCCAUGCCUGCUUACCUCUACUUACCUGUAUGUACCUACCAGAGCCGUGCAGCGCCAUGA